AUAAAUACUCAAAAGAACAAUUAGAACCAACGUCAAUGUACCAAAAUCUUUAUAUUUACACGAACCCUAAGUACCAAUGAUGCCUUGGAUGUAGGACACAUCAAUACACAGCAAGAUGACAAGAAGUAUAAUACCCUAACAUCCUGUCAACACAAAUGUUUUAAUUAGAAAAUAAACAACAAAGUGUGUACUCCCACCGUUUUACAGGAAGUUGAUCCAGAUGGUACCUCUUCAUGUCAAAUACUAUACUGACGUAAAUCAUAUAUAGUUGUAUCCAGAAGUCAAGUCAAAAUGACAGUAUUGUUUGAUUCUGAUAAUUCUAUCAAAUAUGGAAUGGUGAGAGAAAUACAGCAAAGAGUUGAGUUGAAAGCAAUCAGUAUGGACCUGAUGAUAAACGUGUCUUGGGCUACUGCCUCUAUCUCUAUCUUCCUCCUGUAUGUAACUGUAGUUUUACACUGGUACAAAUCUCACACAGUACAACUGAGAAUGAGGGACAUUAAUGGACUAUUGGUUUUAGCAGGCCUAGCUUUCUGUGUGGUCAAAUAUGGACUGGGAUUUCAAGGAAGCCUGGUACUUUUACUUGGGAUUAUGGUGUCAUAUCUACAGCUGGCACCAGUUAUUCUCCAAGUCAACAAUAAGGCUAUAAUCAUAACAGGUUGUGAUCGUGGUAUUGGCAAAGCUUUAGCCAAAUAUUUAGAUAAGGCAGGAUUCAAAGUUUAUGCUGGCUGUUUGGAAAAUGAAGGGCAAGGAAAACAAGAUCUAAUGAAUUCCUGUUCAUCAAGACUUCAAACAAUUCAACUUGAUGUAAGCGAUGAAAGUCAGAUAAAAACAGCUGCAGCUUUAGUACAGAAAGAACUUGAAAUAUCAGGUAUGAAGUUAUGGGGUGUAAUUAACAAUGCUGGUAUAUGUUUUAUUGGUAAUGUUGAGAUGAUGGUAACAGAAGACAUUCAUAAAAUAUUAGCUGUGAAUUACCUAGGACCAGUGACUGUGUGUAAACACUUCCUACCUCUACUCAGAGAAAGUCAAGGCAGAAUUGUCAAUGUAGCAAGCAACUGUGGCCUGGCACCUGUACCACUAAUGGGACCAUACUGUGCUUCUAAGUCGGCACUGGCUACGAUGUCAGAAGUAUGGAGAUAUGAAUUCAAAAUGUGGAAGAUAAAAGUCUGUACUAUCAUUCCUAGUGGAUAUAAAACAGGUAUUAUGGCUUAUGACAAGGCUGCAGUGGCAGAAAGGUGGUGGAAAGGGGCAAGUAAAUCUGUCAAAGAAAAUUACGGCAAAGACUGUUUUUACAUUAAACAUAAGCUUAAAGAUCCAGAAGCUUAUCUGAACCCAGACUUCACUGAAAUUUUAGACAACAUAAAAUUAGCACUAUUGUCAGUCAGUCCAAAGUCUCAUUAUUACAGUGGAUUACUUUCAAGGGCAUUGCCGUUCCUCUACCUGCAUCUACCAUCCUGUAUUGGAGACAGAGUCAUGUCUAUAAUGGUAAACUGGUUUGACUUUGUACCAAAAGCUUUAUCACCGCAGCCUAAAUCAUGUCACUGAUUAACAGUUGUUUAUAAAUGACAAUAAAAUAUCAACAGUGCCGUUAAAUCAAAACAUUGAAUGAUUGAUUGAAGACUGUUUAAUCAAAAUAUUGUAACCUCAGGACAAGAACAAUUGGUGCAUAAAUAAUUUAUAACAAGAACAGAGCUGUGAUAAUUGGAUAGCCGCACACAUGAUGUAUGGAUUUGAUGAACAGCUAAAACAGUAUUGUUUUAAUUGUCUAUAUAUUGUAAGACU